GGAGAGUCCAGGGAAUGGCGUGCUGCGGCAUGCUGCCGCUCUGCCGCUUCAGUACUGGCUGAUCAGGCGGUAUUCGUUCAUGUGCUGACGCGAAUGUCCUCUCGCAGUUAUGUAUCCGGCCUGUCACACGUGUGUCAUUCGGUAAAAUGACAUUUGCCGCAUAUCCGCGAGCGCGAAUUGAUCUAAGAGAUUGGAAAUUUAUGUCAAGAAGAUUAAAGGAACGGACUAUCUGUGCUUGAUUGGUAUCAGUUGCGUGAUGAAAUCUCCAUCCUAUAAUUGGGAAAAUGAGCGGCUCAACACUUGUGCGAAUAAAUCUUUUGAUAUACAUUGCGAUAACAGUGCCCUUGAUGUAGACGACCUUUGAUGUUACGUGAACCAUACAUCAAAGAGUCUCAAACAAAUCAAGUUCCUGUUUUAGAUUCACCGUUUCAAAUCUAAUGUUUGUCCGUGAGAAAAUUAUCGAGGUAUUUCUAUGAAAACAACAUUGUAACGAAAAGAUGUUCAAGAUGCACGAUUCUUGACAAAGAGAAAGAUUGCUAAUUAGAAAAUAGGUAAAAUAAAAUAAUAAAAUUUCACGAUAUAUCAUAAAAGAUAUCUAGGACAAACGAAAGUAUAAUGAAAGUAAAUCGAUGAAAUCAAAAAUCCUAUACGAUUAUUUUCUUGAGACAAUAAAUUCUUACGAGUCACGUGCGUAAAUUCAUAUGGUGUGAGAAUUUAUGACUGUUAAAACCUGAUAACAUAUGAUAAACGUCAUCGAUAAUAACAUGUGAUAUAUUUUAGUGCGACCAAGAGAGUAAAAAUGAUUUCACACCGUUCAAGUUCAUCUCGCAUCAUCGACCAAGAGGCGAAUAUACUUACGUUAGCGAAGAAGUGAGGAAAAAGGACAAUAGAUCGAACAAUAGUUCCAUUGACAGAGUCGAUUCACGCGAAACGCGUAAAGUGCGUUUUAUUAGAACUAACGAGUUUGUGCCUCGCGUUAUUCUACAGCUUACAUAAUCACGUCACAGGCGGAUCAAUCGUGUGUCAACGAUGACCUUGACGGUCUCUUAUCCGUGGAUCGCGGACUCGAAUGCAUCAAGGAAGCGGGUGAUGAUGCCGAAGAGGAGUUAACGCCGUUCGCGAUUACGCGAAUAUUCGCUCGAUUAUAACUUUGACAACAUCUCUCGGAUACUUCUCGAAGAUGUCACGAAUUGCCUGUAGGCAAAAGCAGGAAUAUAGUACGAGAAGUUGAUUCGAAGAUAAAGAGAGAAAGAGAAUCACGUGGAAGAAGCAUCAGUUGAAAGAUGACGGUCAGCUACACCGCUGAAGUAGCCACUUGCAGAGGCCUCGGUUGCUUCCCCAAGUUGCUGCUUAGAUGGCGAGCGAGUAUUUACAAACUCGUCUGGCUCGACCUAUCACUCUUCCUCUUCAUCUACUAUUCACUGUCUGGCGUCUACCGAUUACUAUUAAACGACGAGCAGAAGAAGACGUUCGAAUCUGUGGUGGCGUAUUGCAAUGAGUUCAGCGAUCUAAUACCGGUUUCGUUUAUCCUGGGUUUCUAUGUCACUAUUGUGAUGACCAGAUGGUGGAAUCAAUAUUUAGCGAUUCCAUGGCCUGAUUCCAUUGCGGUCUUUGUAUCAGCCACAAUACAUGGAAACGACGAGCGCGGUCGCCUAAUGCGUCGUACGAUCCUUAGGUACGUGUGCGUCUGUCUGACAAUAGUCCUAACAAAUGUCGCGCCGCGAGUAAAGAAGAGAUUUCCCACCUUGGAGCAUUUCGUGGACAGCGGUCUGCUACUGGAUAACGAACUAUCGAUAUUUCAAAGUCUGAACGUGAAAUUUCCGAAGCCGAGCAAGCAUUGGCUGCCGAUAGUUUGGGCUACGAGUAUCGUAACCCGCGCUCGGAAGGAAGGUCGAAUACGCGAUGACUUCGCAGUCAAGACUCUCAUCGAUGAGCUCAACAAAUUUCGAGGAUUGUGCGGCACUAUUUUACACUACGACACAAUCAGUGUCCCGUUAGUCUACACUCAGGUCGUCACACUAGCUGUUUAUACCUACUUCCUAACUUGCGUAAUGGGUCGUCAAUGGAUUCAAAAGUCAAACUCGAUUAUCGAUCUGUACUUCCCGGUAUUCACGACGUUGCAGUUUUUUUUCUACAUGGGCUGGUUAAAAGUAGCCGAGACACUGAUUAAUCCAUUCGGCGAGGACGACGACGAUUUCGAAGUAAAUUGGUUAAUCGACCGCAAUUUGCAAGUAAGCUAUUUGAUCGUCGACGAGAUGCAUCACGACCAUCCGGAACUCAUACGCGAUCAGUACUGGGACGAAAUAUUCCCCAUGGAACUCCCGUAUACUGCUGCGGCGCAAGUUGAGGCACAUCCUGAGCAUUCGACAGCCGGCAUACAAUUGUCGCCCGCGCAACAAGAAUUGCAACCGUCAUCGGUUAAAAUCGAGGAUCUAGCACCAGACGAGCAGAAAUUCACCUCUGAGAUUGCCGAUGACGCGGCAUCGGGGAUACACUUUAUCGCGAGCGGAAAAAUUUCCCGAAAUGGUACUACAGAGAGUACUGAGAGAUUAGUAAGAAGUGCCAGUAGAGUGAGUAAUCGAGAGCGCAACCUCAGUACCGGUUCAACUCCUAGCAACUUGGGUGGCUCGCUCCAAAGAAUAAACAGCGUUACCAGCGUACUUAAGAGAUUUUUUAGCAAAGAAGACAGACCGGACGGAAAUGUGUCGAGUGGCACUAAAACUCCGGCGAAGAUUACGAACUCAAGUUCGGCAGCUUCAUUGCAAAUACGACCACCCGGUCCGAGUGGUUCCAUGAGGAUAGGUGUUAUCGAAGAGGUGGACGAGCAAAUGACGCUUACAUCGUUACGGCAAUCAAAUGAUAACAAUAGACCCCAUGUACAAAGUAUAUUCGCACAAGGCCCGCCGCCGCCUAGUGAUCCCGUUGACGUUCCUGGAGCCAAGACGUUUAGUAAGCGCGAAGUAUUCUCCAGGAGCGCACCUGCACGAGGAGGAGUCUUAACAAUAGCUGGUAGUAGCGUGGAAUCUGGAGCCAUCCGCGAAAGGACGAACACUUUAAGGACACAAGAGUCCACACAAUCGGCGCGAUCGAGCAUCACCUACGAGCCGGCGAGUUAUGCCGGUAGUGGAAUAAACGAUGAUCUACCCAGCACCGCAAGCUCGUCAUGUUCCAGCGACAAUUCCGUGAACGAAUUUACGAAACUGAAAACCGAAAGGAAGAAAGAGAGACGUAAUCGCAAGCUCGCUCGAAGUCUCAGCGGACAUGCUAGUACAUUUAAUCAAUCGAAAAGCCUUCCCGAUUCGGAGGCUUUUUUGCUGGCGGAAUUAGCGGACGCGUCACGACGCAGUAUGAAGGACAACGACCGCGACGAACAGUUUUAGAAAGAUAUCUCGCUAUUUUUACAUCGAAGUUUUUCACGACUGGCCUAAGUAAGCCUAAAUAUCCUAACAAGAAAUCGGAUAGAGUAACGCAACUAUGUAUUACCGCACAUAAGUGCUAGAUUUUUUACGUGUUUUCUAUGUACUUACAAUUAUUGAAACAAUAUCUCGUGAAAAACAAUUCAUAAUUGUGUUGUCAUCAUUCAAAACAAAGCGCUGGUGAUAAAAAUUAUAUAUAAAUCAGUUGCAAUUUUUAUGAAAUCAGCUUUAACCUUAGGAAAGUUUAGAAAUUGAUAAAAAUGUUGAUAAAUGGAGAUAAAUAUUUAUAUUUAUACAUAUUCAUAUAUAAAUAUUUAUAUAU